GUAGCUCAAUCGAGCAAUACAAAUAGAGUUUACACAAUAUAUAACUUGUCAAAAACGUUUAAUGAAAGCUUGUGAACUAAAAAGCAAAGUGUCUGGGCUUUAAUUGGUUUAAUUGACAAGUUUAACAGGCGACAAGUGUAUGUUCAGGAUUAUACGUUUAAAUAUAAAUUAAAAUAUAAAAGCGACGGACAUCUUACCUUUUUUACACUUGAUGGCUCACUUCGAUAUGAGUCCCAUUCCAUCAGAAUUUCGACUUGGCGGGCAAAGGUAACUUUUUCACGACUAAAAGAUAAUCCAGGAGGUUUAUGAGCAAACGAAGAGGUUUAUGACAAAACAAGUUCGUUAUCGUUACUAUCAUCAACGCAGAAAAAAAUGAAGGCCUCUACUUUUGAACGGAAGUUAAGAUGGACUUUCUUCGCCUUCUCAUUGAGAAUGGUGAUGAUGGGUGUUGAAUUUGCAGUAAUAUUCCCCUCCGUGUGGCUGUACUUGAAAAUAUUCAAUGCAGAUUACUGGUAUCUAGGCUUGGUCCUCUCUGCUUAUAACAUGGUCGGCAUUGUAUCAACUCUACUGGUUGGCCAUUUGGCGGACAGCACUGGUCAAAUUCGGUUCAUGGGAUUCCUCUGGAACAUUGCGGAGAUCUCGGGAAAUCUGAUAUACGCAUUCCACUUCCACAUUUCCUUUCCGCUGAUUGGCCGGAUGAUCUCGGGCUUCGGCGAGGGUUAUAUUUCUGCGAUGUGGGGCGAAAUAGCCCGAAUCACGACCGAGGAACAGCGCACCCGAUACUUUGCCAUUCUCAAAGGCGCAAACCUUCUUGGAACUGCCGUUGGUCCUGCACUCAAUCUAUUUUUGAAAGAGUUUGAUUUCUACAUUGGCCAGUGGCACAUUGAUUUUCGAACUUCGUCUGGCUUUUUCAUGGGAAUCGUGUGGAUUGCCGUGACAAUAGUCAUGCUGGGUACUGUAUUUGACCUUUCCGCUGAGCUUCAGCGAGAAGGUAAGCUGCGCCAGUUUCAAAAGACCGGUCGUUUGGACUGGGACGAAGAGGAAGUAGAUGUGGAAGGCAAAGCAGCGAAGCACACCCAAGACGACGGGACGAAACAUCCAGGAGGGGAGGACGGAAAAGAAGGAUGUGAGAAUGAGGGUGUCGAGAUUCCAGAAGGUGGUGGGGUUGAAGAUCCUGGGGAGAAAAAAGGAGGCGAAGAUUCACUGGGUGAGACAAAAAAUACUGAAGGUACGACCCCUGAAGAACCAAAGGAAGAUAGCUCAGCUAGCAAGAGCGAAGAGAUAGGCGACCUUAAUCAAGCAGAAAAAGAGAACGGUGAUGUGAAAUCAAACACAGAUUUGGCCGAAGACAACCAGAACACGGAUGAGGCCAAGACAGACGCUGUUGUAAAAGGCCUGGACGAAGAUGAACCUGAAAUACAAGGAACGUUCAAGACGGCCAUGUUGGAUAUGUUCACAAAAUUUGAAGUCAACGUGCUCGUCUAUUUAUUCUUUUUCAUGUACGUCACCCACACCUGUCUGCAGGGCAUCACUCCCCUGUUUGCUGAACUUAUGCUGAAGUGGGACGAAACGAAGACAAGCAUUGUCUACACCGCAUGGGGUGUGGAAAUAAUGUUAGUCCUCAUAGUAAUAUGGAUAGUAGCCCCAUACGUGCCAGAUAAGGUGAUACUGAUUUGGGCCGUCUUUGGCGGGACUUUGGCUUCAGUCAGUCUGGUAGUUUUGACAUACUCUGAACCUGAAAGUAUGCUAUGUUACUAUAGUUUUCUCAUAACAAUAUUCCUCGGCGGGAUAGGCAUUGCAAUAACCGUGGUCGUGGGGCGUUCGUUGAUCUCAAAACACACCAGCCCCGAGAAUCAAUGCUUGGUUCACGCUAUAUUGACCUCGCUGAAUCGCAUGGCAGGUCUGACUGGCCCUAUAUUUGGCAGCAGUUUGUACACGAAUAAGAUAUAUAUGGGUUAUAUUAUCGGAGGAAUGCAGCUGAUUGGUUUAAUCCUUUUACUUGUGGUUUAUAAGAAGUUGUGACAUUGUAAGCAGACUAAUGUUGAAACCGAAUUGUGAUAGAUAUUAUAGGCCUCGUGUAAUAUUAAAUAGCGGAGGCCUCUUCAAACUGUCGCAAUGGAAAAUGUGCUGCAGCAUGUUUUUCCAACCUUCAGAGUAUCCUGUAAAUAAUGUUGUAUAAAUAUGUUGAAGUAUAACAAAGAAAUUCGAAGCGAUAGCUUCAGUAAUAGAAGUAUUUAUGAGCAAUAUUCAAGACAGGGGCGCCGGAAAUUGUUUAGUGGGGCCGGAAAGGGUCCACUCACCUAACUUAGCGACAACAGGGAGAGGAAGGAUGCUCAUGAAAGCUUAUAAGAAUGCACUGAUUUGCCGAUCUACAGGAAAACAUCUUCUCAAUGUUGUUAUCAGUUAGGUUUAGUGCGAUAAAUUAAGAUUAAGUUGUGAAUGCAUAAUAUAAUGCUACUACGUAAGGCACCAAAGAGGCAGCAAAGAGGCAGCAAAGGGGGUAUCUGUCCUCACUGCCCCCGUGGCCGCAUUCAAGAAGGCAAAUCGUAACGAAAACUUCACGCCAUAAUAAAUUUGUAACUAAAUAAUUAGUAAAUA